AAUAGUCUUUAUAGGGUUUAAAGUGGACCAUCAUUUUCACUAAAAUAAGUCUGAACAUUGAUACAAACAUGAUAAUACAACACUAUUCAAUCCAUGUUUGAUCGAAGAUGAAUUUGGCACAUAGUCCUUCAUUUGUAAUCUUGAGUUUUACUAAACAGUUGCCAACAAUGCAAAUUGGUUAAUGUAUAACCAGAAAUGAAGUCAUUAAUAUUAAAAAAAUUAAAAUUAACCUUGUUUCAUGUAAUUGACUCGCCAAAAAUACAAAGAUAGAAAUGUUUAGUGAACUUAGACAGUCUCUAACUUUUCAUAUCCAAAUCUCGGGUAAUCUCUCAUGAAGCUUCACAUUCCAACUCACAUCCACAAAAUAGUAAUAAUGGUGACAUAUAUAGAAUAUUAUUUAAUUUUUUAAAUUUAAAUUUAAUAUUUGAGUAUCUUAUUAAGUAAAUGAAAUUAACUUUCAUCCAUCAACUUAAAAUUAAUUUUAGACACAUGUUCUCCAAAAUCUCAUCAUAUAGAUCAUUCCAAAUAUCCAAACGUAGUAACCCAUCCAACAAAGUCUAAAAGUUUAAAACAAUAGUAAGAUAUUAAAUUUGGUAACGAAUGCAUAACAUAUUCAUUCUUAAUAAACUAAAUGAUAAUACAUACCAAUUAAAUAAAUGUUGUCAACAGUUUUUUGGAGAACUCGUUUGAAUGGAAUCUGAUCAAAAAUUGAGUUUUCACUAAGUAUAAAACCACAAAACACCUGACUGCGUUCGACUAAAUUGAUGUGGAAUUGGUGGGGAGUAUUCCUUCUCGAUCCAUCACAAGGUUUAACUUCAAAUCGCCAGAAUAUUUUCCAUCCAUCUUCAUCAAAAAGCUGAAGUAGUGUGUAUCCAGUAAUUGAUGAGGAAGUGUUACUUCAAUUUUACAACCCUAAUUUUAAAGGGAAAAUAAACAAAAUUUAUUAUACAAUAAACCAAAAAUGAAAAAUAAAUAUUACAUAGAACUUACAUUUGGAUCAGCAAUAAUAAGAUGCUUCUCUUUCAGAUUUAGCGGACUUGUUGUUUGUUAUACUGUUAAUUCCUUUGCCCAAACUUUGACAUUAGUUGAUUCUUUAGUAAGGUUGGAAAUUAGGGUGUUAUUGUUUGCCAUGAAGUUAAGUUUGACUUUCGGUUUUCUCUGAUUUUUCUUGAAUGAGUGAAAAUGUCUUAGAGAAUUUAAGAUUUGAUAGAUAUGUUUAGAUUGUUCUUUUGAAAAGUUUUAACUUUUCAUCAAAUAUUAAAGAAACAUCAAAAGGAUUAUAAGCGAGUAAUAAUAUUCAGAACAUAAGGAUAACAUACUUAAAUGGUGAUAAACAAUAAAUUCGAUAUAACUUGAUAAUUUGUCAGUGUGUUGUCGUUCAAUAAAAAUAAAUUUAUUUAUUAAAUAUUGUUUUAAAUAUAAAAAAUAAAUGCAUAAUAUAUGUACUAUUAAAAUGAUGAUUUUUACAUAUAAUGAAAAUCAAAUCUUACUUAACAAUAUCAGAUUUGUUUUAAAGAAUUAAUUUACCUAGUAUAUAUUCAGUUUUUACUAUAUUCUAAACAACAAUAUAUGUUUUUGUUUAAUGGUUCAACACAAAGAUAUUUUCAUAUUUGUCUAAACAUUUUGUAAAUCUUCUAAUAUAUAUGAAAAUACAUUAAUUCAUCUACCAUCACUCUAUAAAUGAUAUUAUACUUUUACAAUAUUCAAUAUCAAAAUAUUUGCACUACCUAAUAAUUAUUUACAUAAUCAAAUAUAUAUCAAAAUACUUUAUUAACCUAUCAAUGUAAUGUAAAUGACUAAUUUUCAUAUGAAUAUGAUGUUCUUAAUCAAUAUAGUAAUUGUGAUCUAUUGUAUAUUUUAUAUAGUAACAAAUAUAUGAUUUAUGAAUAUCAAAGCUUUAUAAUUUUAUGGAACUAUGUUAAAAUAUUUUGUAAAUUUUAUCUAUAGUUAUUAGUAAAUUUAUACUUGAGACUCAAAUCCAUUUUCUUGGUAUAAGAUCAUUAAUAAAUUUUUAGUCAAACUGAUGGUAAAAGUUUUUACAAUUUCUUCCUAACUACUUAAUACCUGAAAAUAAAAUAAUAACAAUAAUAAAAUAGCUUGAUUUUCUUCUACAAUUUGUUUUUUUUUUAAAUUAAGUAUCUUAGCUAAAAUAAACUAAAAAUCUAAAAUAUUAAGUUAUAUAAUAACUUAUUCUAAACCAAUAUGAAAGAAAAGGUUAAAAUUCAUUGCCAAACAAAAAUAAAAUAGUGAAAUAUGUUGGUAGAAAAAGAUGGGUAAUUUUUUGUUAAAGAAAUAACAUUAAAUUUCAUCAGUCAGAAAAUUUGAUAUAAAUUAAUAUAACAAGAACAAUGAAGAAAUGGUGUUGACUAGUGACCAAAAUAAUUAAUAACGAAGAAAUGGUAUUGACAAAUGACCAAACCAAUUAAUAAUCAUUUGUUGGAUCUGUAUAUUUUUUUGACUGAAAUUUGUUGUAAUUUUUUGAUAAUCAAUUUAUUGUUUUCAUUUAACCAAAAAGAGCUUCAUAUUCCUCUAUUCUAUUUCAAACUUUUCUUCGGUCAGAUUUGUUGCGAUACAGAUAAUUCAUCAUUUGGUGUGAAUGAUCAUGGCUGUCCCGGAAAAUGAUGAUGUGAAAGUGGACUCUUCUGAUCAAAAUCUAGACAACACUGCUUCAUUAGCAGCUACGAUGAGGCCGCCAUCUUCUGAUGAUCAGAACCCUGAAUCCAACUCUUCUGUUGAGACACCAAACUCAACAAAGGGCAGUGAAGGGGCUCUCAAGAGUGAGAUAAGUCAUAUGGAUGUUAAGUUUUCUAAACUAAAUCCGAUGGCUAAGGAGUAUGUUCCACAGCCACUUGCUCCAACCCUCCCUGUGUUUGUGGAGAAUAGCUUAUGGUUUACCAACAGUUUCGCAAUGCAAGCUUUCUCUGCUGAGGACAAUGACCUUUUCGAUACAAGGAGAAUGAACUUUGGCCAAUGGAAGCGAAGGAUGAGCAAGAAAACAAGCCUGGCUCAGAAGGAAGCUGUAAUCAGGAGAACUGUCCAUGUCUUAGACAUUGAUCAACAGGUUAGUGAGGAGCAACUUGCUGGUCUCUUUCAAUCAUGUGGGCAGAUUGUUGAUUGUCGUAUAUGCGGUGACAAUAAAUCUAGUCUCCGUCUUGCCUUCAUUGAGUUCGCUGAUGAAGAGGGAGCUAGGUCUGCUGUAAGCCUAUCAGGAACUCUGUUUGGUUCUUAUCCUAUAAAGGUUCGUCUUUCAAAAACAGCUAUUGCACCUGUGAACCCGAGUCUCCUUCCAAAGUCUGAGGAUGAGCGUGAGAAAUGUGCAAAGACUGUUUACUGUACUAAUAUCGACAAGAAGGUCACUCAGAUGGAACUGGAAGAUUUCUUUAAAGCAGCAUGUGGGGAGAUUCAACAUGUGAGGCUUAUUGGAGACUGUCAUCACCAAACCUGCAUUGCUUUUGUUGAAUUUAAGCUGGUGGAAAGUGCAGUUUCUGCUCUUAAUUGCAGCGGUAUUGUCUUGGGCGGUCUCCCUUUAAGGGUGAGCCAGUCAAAGACACCAGUGAGGCUAGACCAACCUGAUUUAAACUAAUGGUAACUUCAUCGAUUCAAGGAGAGAAAGAGCGAUCAAAUGUUAUUUUAAAGAUACUCAGAAGCGUUUUAUGUUCGUAUAAUUAACAAUCCUUUUUGUUACUUAACCUCUCAGACUUUCUCCUUCUUCUAUUUGCGUUAUGGACCAAAUUGUUCGGUUUAUUUUCUUUUAUAUUCAUGGAUCAUCUUAAGACUCUUUUUUUGGGGAAAUCUUUGACUUUGCUCUAUCUUUUGUCUGAAUCUCCAUGCAUAGACAUCUGGUAAGAUUACUCAGUGUGUUUAUUUGUUUUAAAUUCUUGUCAAAUUCUUUCAUUAAUCUUUCUUCUUGUUUCUGUUAGAUUUUAGGAGAGUCUUUGCUUUGUGAAAGAAUAUUUAUUUUCUAUGUUAUUUAGGUUUGAUCUGCUUUUUUUAGUUUAUAAUCAUAUUAUUGUCUGAAAGUUAGCUUGCCAAGAUAUAGGCGACCAUUAUGGUCAAACAAAACCAUCUACUAAAAAGGCCAUAUAUCUUGAUAUACUAUAUUCACUAAACUACAGUUUUUUUUUAUAAAUUAGGAAAUCCUAAAUACUUUAUUCAAUAGUUUUAAAAUCUAAAGUGUUUGUUGGUGUUGUGAUCAUUUCAGACUAGAUCUUUUCCACAAUUAUUUUGAACUUUACUUGUUAGGUUCUUUUGAUGUGG